AUUCUAGGGUUUAUCCAAGAAAUGCUCGAUGCCGGGAGCAAUCUCGAUCGAUUCGAGCAGCGGAGUCUCCAUCUCGGCAACAAAUCGGUGAGCAUCCACGGCAGGAGUGGAAAUGUGGCCGGCGCGCGCGAGGUCUUCGAUCGCAUGCCGUGGCGCAGCGUCGUUUCUUGGAAUUCCUUGAUGCUGAGCUACGCCGAGAAUAUGAGAGGGGAGAUCGCGCUGGAAAUCUUCCACAGGAUGAAGAUCGAGGGCGGCGAGCCGGAUUCUCAUAGCUUUGUGGCCGCGAUCAAGGCGUGUGGCAGUGUGAUUGAUCCGGAAUCGAUGGCGCGAGGGUUGAAUCUCCACAGCGAGGCGAUCGAGAUCGGCUGGGACUCCAACACUUUUGUGGCGACGAGCUUGAUCAACAUGUAUGGGAGAUUGAAGAGGUUGGAUCACGCGAGACGGGUACUCGAGGCCAUGGAUCCAGGGAAAAGAAACGUUGUGGCGUGGAACACACUGAUUCUUCGCUACGCUGAGAAUGGCGAUGGAGAGCUCGCAUUGGAGCUCUUCGAUCGGAUGAGAAACGAAGAAAGCUGCGGUCCAGAUGCUCGAACUUUCGCUGCUGCUGCCAAGGCUUGUGCUGCCAUCGCCACGACAGGAAAAUUCAAUAGCGAGAAGAAGAAGAAGAUUAAUUUCAUCGAUGGAGAGCUCGUGAAGAGGGGCAUGGAGAUCCACGAGCUGGCUUCCAAGCGUGGCUUGGACACCGACACCUACGUUGGAAACUCUCUGGUAAAUAUGAUUUCUCAUCGCAGCGUCGUCUCUUGGAACUCUCUUCUUCUCGGGUAUGCUCAGAGUGCUAGUCACAGCGGCUUGGCCUUGGAUCUCUUGGGAAAAAUGCUAGCACGGGGAACUCGAGGCUGCCAGCCGGAUGGCCGGACUUUCGUUGCUGCGGCUCGAGCAUGCGCUUGUCUUGCCGACAGAGAAGGCCAGACUCGAGUCGGGGACAAGCUGAUGAAGAUCACGUCCUUGGAGCAGGGAAUGUUUUUUCAUUCUCGCGCAGCCACAAGUUUACGUGACGGUGAGGUCGACAUCUUCGUGGCAAGCUCUCUGGUGGACAUGUACAUGAAGUGUGGGAGUCCGCAGGAUGCCAGACACGUCUUUGACAGGAUGCCGCAGCGUAGUGUGGUUUCCUGGACAGUUUUGAUGGCGGGGUACGUCGAGAAUGGGGAAGCCGAGCUGGCUUUGGAGGUUUUUACGCUCAUGCAAGCAGAAGCGGCCGAGGAAGUGGUUCCAGCGGCAUUUGUUCCGGCAGCCAAGGCUUGCACUGUUCUAGCGGCCAGAGAAGUUCCAAAAGAAGUCGAUGGAAGAAGAAGGCCUGUGAAGAUGAAGUCGCUGGAGAUGGGAAUGGCGAUUCAUUCCCGGGCCGGAGAAGCUGAGACCGACGAUUUCCUCGCGAGCGCUCUCAUCGACAUGUACUCCAAGUGCGCGAGCGUGGUGGACGCCUUGAAAGUUUUCGACAAGAUGGUCCACCGCGACGUGGCGUCGUGGAAUGCGUUAAUUCUGGCCUGCGCUGACAACGAGCAAGACGAGCUUGGUUUGGAGCUACUCCGGCUCAUGCAGGAUGGUGGCGACUGCGCACCAAACUCUCGAACCUUCGCUGCUGCGCUCAAGGCCUGUGGUAAUUCUCUCCUGAAGUGCAAGGCUCUAACAGCAGUUCUUGCAGAAACUUUCAGACAUACCAGCAGUGGUCCUGGCCCUGGGAGCGAUUGUUUUCUAGAUGCUGCUCUCGUCGACGCUUGUAGCAAAUGUGGGAGUAUGCUCGGCGCUCAACAGGAUACAGUCGUCAAGGAGAUGCCGCGCGCGUUUUUCGUCUCUUCCAUCAGAUGCAAGACGAAGGCAUACGAGCGGACGAGGCCACCUUUGUGGCUCUCCUCACGGCAUGCAGCCAUGCCGGGCUGGUCGAGCGAAGCAAAAAGUAUUUCGGCGAGAUGCGCACAAGAGCUGAUGAACUGGACGACGCUGUGGCCAUGGCCGAGUCCAUGCCUCGUGAAGGAGGAGUGAGUGCUGUGGCAUGGAUGGGAGUUUUAAGUGCCUGCUCCAAGUCUGGAAACGUUGCUCUGGGAAGGCUGGCAUUCGACGCGUUGUUGAAAAUGGACAA